GGCUCUUACUGUAGGACUUUUAACAGAUGAUACGUGCCAGGUCUUCACCAAUUGGUGACCUAGCGGGGUCACCAGGACCCUCAUUGUCUCGCGCAUGCGCCGUCGGGCAACCAGAGGCUAUAUAAACACUUUCGCCGCGCAAGCGCUGAUCAGUCGCUUCAGCCGCUCGCACUGUGACCCGACGCACGCGGCGCGAGAGUAAAGCAAACUUUUUACUCCCAUCUCGAAGUUUAUGAGUGAGCCCUGUGACGUACUAGUGUGAAGGAGAGAAGACGUGAGAGAGAUUUUCUAUAUUCGUGCGCAAGGGCCCCAUGAAGCGGCUGUCAUGCGCAUAGCGGCACUGAUCGCUCUCGUGCAGCUGUCGCUAGCUACAGCUGCUUCCGAUGGCGCCAACACCCUCACGGCUGCGGAGCUGAACCUGCAGCUGGCCGGCAACGACUUGUCCGUCUUCUACGAGGCCAGCGAUGAAGACUCCGGCGUCACGUUCAUGAGAGGCUCCAGGGCUGCCGACUCCCCCCUCUCGCCAGAUAUAGACGUCCAAUGCUCCGGCGACUACAUCGAUGUCACUGUGGACUUCCCCGAUGUUUACGAUGGAAUCAUCUACAGCAAAGGCUUCUUGAACGAUCCGAGUUGCAAAUAUGUUUCCCUCGGAGGCAGCCAAUCCCGGUACUCAUUCCGUGUACCCCUUAAAGGAUGCGGCUCUAGACCCUUGUGCAACGCCUGUGGUACCAUCGACAAUGUGCUCGUGUUCCAGGCCGACGACUUCGUCCAGGGUCCUCAAGACUUCGCAAGAAAGGUGUCCUGUGCAAGCACAUCUCUUGAAGUCUCAGCUGGUGUUGGCACCAGAGAGGAGACACACACCCUCAAGCUUAAACCCUUCAUGGUCGAUAUGCUCGAUGUAGUUGCAGUUCAAGGACCCGCCGGUGGAGUUGAAUGCUGGAUGGAUAUACAAAAAGGAGUCUUCCCUAACACAACUCCUUUGAAGGAUUCCAUUAAGAUUGGCGAAUAUCUUACUAUACUUGUGUACCUGAAGGACGUGAGGAAUCAGUUCAGCUUGAAGAUCCAUGACUGUUGGGCAUAUGACAAUGAAAACUACGACAGUCCUAAGACUAGCAAGAUUCAAUUAACUGAUAAAGAAGGAUGCCCUAAAAAAAGGAAGUUAAUCGACUUAUGGCAGAAGACAACCAAUACUGGUAAAAGUGGAGCUACAGUGAUCUCCUAUAGCAAAGUCAGCGCUUUCCGUUUCCCUGAAACAGAUCAAGUGUAUCUAACUUGCAACGUUGAACUGUGUACGAGCAACUGCGACGCCAACUGCCAAGGAAUUCAAGAGAUAACAACAACUAUAAGCCCACAAUGUUAUCCAGGUUCCAAUGAUCCUCGUUGCAGACAAACUACCGAUUCACAGAUUAAAUGCUUUCCCGGAUCGAAUGACCCAAGAUGUCCUAGACCAACCACGCCAUCUGCACCAACAUGCUACCCAGGCAGCACUGACCCUAGAUGUCCAAAACCAACUACACCAUCUGCACCAAACUGCUACCCAGGCAGCACUGACCCUAGAUGUCCAAGACCGACCACGCCAUCUACUCCAAACUGCUACCCAGGCAGUACUGACCCUAGAUGUCCAAGACCGACCACGCCAUCUACUCCAAACUGCUACCCAGGCAGCACUGACUCUAGAUGCCCAGGACCAGGCACUCCACCUCCUCCAAACUGCUACCCAGGCAGUACUGACCCUAGAUGUCCAAGACCAACUACGCCAUCUGCACCAGACUGCUACCCAGGCAGUACUGACCCUAGAUGUCCAAGACCGACCACGCCAUCUACUCCAAACUGCUACCCAGGCAGCACUGACCCUAGAUGUCCAAGACCAACCACUCCAGCUCCUCCAAACUGCUACCCAGGCAGCACUGACCCAAGAUGUCCAAGACCAACCACUCCAGCUCCUCCAAACUGCUACCCAGGCAGCACUGACCCUAGAUGUCCAAGACCAACCACUCCAGCUCCUCCAAACUGCUACCCAGGCAGCACUGACCCAAGAUGUCCAAGACCAACCACUCCAGCUACUCCAAACUGCUACCCAGGCAGCACUGACCCUAGAUGUCCAAGACCAACCACUCCAGCUCCUCCAAACUGUUACCCAGGCAGCACUGACCCUAGAUGUCCAAGACCAAUCACGCCAUCUACUCCAGACUGCUCUUCAGGCAGCACUGACCCUAGAUGUCCAAGACCAACUACACCAUCUGCACCAAACUGCUACCCAGGCAGUACUGACUCUAGAUGUCCAAGACCAACCACUUCAGCUCCUCCAAACUGCUACCCAGGCAGCAUUGACCCUAGAUGUUCAAAACCAACUACACCAUCUGCACCAAACUGCUACCCAGGUAGCACUGACCCUAGAUGUCCAAGACCAACCACGCCAUCUGCACCAAACUGCUACCCAGGCAGCACUGACCCUAGGUGUCCAACAACACCAGUUCAACCAAAAUGUUACCCUGGAAGCACUGACCUUGGUUGUCCUCGACCAACUAGUCCAAAACCAGUGUGUUAUCCAGGAUCACCUGAGCCAAGUUGUCCACAGUCACCAAGACCAACGACGUUGACGCCACCUACUUAUCUCCCACCUACUUCUACCGCACCUAAAUGCUAUCCUGGUAGCACAGACCCUCGGUGUCCUCAACCAACAACACCUGCACCUCCCACCUGCUACCCAGGAAGCACAGAUCCCCGUUGUCCAAUACCAACGACUCCCGCUCCACCUAACUGCUAUCCAGGUUCUACGGAUCCACGGUGUCCAAAACCGACCACCCCUGCACCUCCUGACUGUUAUUCAGGAAAUAAUGAUCCUCGCUGUCCGAAACCAACUACACCAGCUAUUCCUGUAUGUAAUCCUGGUAGCACUAAUCCCCGUUGUCCACAGCCUUCAACACCUGCACCACCUAACUGUUACCCAGGAAGCACAGACCCUCGAUGCCCUAAGCCAACAACUCCUGCACCUCCUAAUUGUUAUCCUGGAAGUAAUGACCCACGCUGUCCAAGGCCAACCACUCCUGCUCCUCCCAACUGCUACUCAGGUAGCACCGACCCUCGUUGUCCUCAACCAACGACACCAUCUCAAACAAAAUGCUAUCCUGGUAGCACAGAUCCAAGAUGCCCCAAACCGACCACCCCUGCCCCUCCUAACUGCUAUCCAGGAAAUGAUGAUCCUCGAUGCCCAAGGCCGACAACACCUGCGCCACCGAACUGUUAUCCGGGUAGCACUGAUCCGCGAUGCCCCAAACCAACUACUCCUGCACCUCCUAACUGUUACCCAGGUAGUACCGACCCCCGUUGUCCUCAACCAACAACACCAUCACAACCGAAAUGCUAUCCGGGCAGCUCAGAUCCACGUUGUCCGAAACCAACCACGCCCACUCCUCCCAACUGUUACCCAGGUAGUACCGAUCCUCGUUGCCCUAAACCAACGACUAUUGCUCCUCCGAAUUGCUAUCCUGGCAGCACAGAUUCACGUUGUCCGCGACCAACUUCCCCAAAACCAGUUUGUUUCCCAGGCUCGACUGAUCCGAAGUGUCCUCAACCAUCCAGACCAACCACUUUGACACCUCCAACAUAUCUUCCGCCUACUUCACCCGCACCUAAAUGUUUCCCGGGCAGCAAUGACCCUCGGUGUCCUAAACCAACAACGCCCGCUCCUCCUAACUGCUAUCCCGGAAACAAUGAUCCUCGAUGCCCAAGACCGACUACAACUGCUCCUCCCAACUGCUACCCAGGUAGUACCGACCCCCGUUGCCCACAACCGACAACACCAUCUCAACCAAAAUGCUAUCCUGGUAGCACAGAUCCACGCUGUCCAAGGCCAACCACUCCUGCUCCUCCCAACUGCUACCCAGGUAGCACCGACCUUCGUUGCCCUAAACCUACGACACCAUCUCAACCUAAUUGCUAUCCUGGCAGCACAGAUCCACGUUGUCCGCGUCCUACAAGCCCAAAACCUAUAUGUUACCCGGGUUCCUCCGACCCAAAAUGUCCUCAACCAUCCAGACCGACGACUUUAACACCUCCGACAUAUCUACCUCCUACUUCACCCGCUAAAUGUUUCCCCGGCAGCAAUGAUCCAAGAUGCCCGAAACCAACCACCCCUGCUCCGCCAAAUUGCUAUCCUGGUAGCACUGACCCUCGUUGUCCUAAACCAACAAGUCCUGCUCCGCCUAACUGCUAUCCUGGCAAUAAUAAUCCUCGUUGCCCGAGACCAACUACACCCUCUCAACCCAAAUGUUACCCAGGAAGCACAGAUUCCCGUUGUCCAAGACCGACGACUCCCGCUCCACCUAACUGCUAUCCAGGUGCUACAGAUCCACGUUGUCCGAAACCAACCACUCCAGCUCCACCUAACUGCUAUCCUGGCAACACAGAUCCAAGGUGCCCAAAACCAACCACACCUGCACCUCCUAACUGUUAUCCAGGAAAUAAUGAUCCUCGUUGUCCGAGACCAUCUACACCAGCUCAACCAAAAUGCUAUCCUGGUAGCACAGAUCCACGCUGUCCAAGGCCAACCACUCCUCCUCCCAACUGCUACCCAGGCAGCACUGACCCUCGUUGCCCUAAACCUACGACGCCAUCUCAACCUAAUUGCUAUCCUGGCAGCACAGAUUCACGUUGUCCGCGUCCCACUAGCCCAAAACCUGUAUGUUACCCAGGUUCACCCGACCCGAAGUGUCCUCAACCAUCUAGACCGACGACUUUAACACCUCCCACGUAUCUACCACCUACUUCACCCGCUCCAAAAUGUUUCCCCGGCAGUAAUGAUCCAAGAUGCCCGAAACCAACCACACCUGCUCCGCCAAAGUGCUAUCCUGGCAGCACUGACCCUCGUUGUCCUAAACCAACAACGCCUGCUCCUCCUAACUGUUAUCCUGGAAAUAAUGAUCCUCGCUGCCCGAGACCAACUACGCCCGCUCAACCUUCAUGUUACCCGGGAAGCAUAGAUCCCCGUUGUCCAAGACCGACGACUCCCGCUCCACCUAACUGCUAUCCAGGUGCUACAGAUCCACGUUGUCCGAAACCAACCACUCCAGCUCCACCUAACUGCUAUCCUGGCAACACAGAUCCGCGAUGCCCCAAACCAACUACUCCUGCACCCCCUAACUGUUACCCAGGUAGUACCGACCCCCGUUGUCCUCAACCAACAACACCGUCGCAACCUAAAUGCUAUCCUGGUAGCUCUGAUCCACGUUGUCCAAAACCAACCACCAGUGCUCCUCCAAACUGCUAUCCUGGCAGCACAGACCCUCGCUGUCCUAAACCUGUAUGUUACCCAGGCUCCUCUGACCCGAAGUGCCCCCAACCACCGAGACCAACAACUUUGACACCUCCCACGUAUCUGCCACCUACUUCUCCCGCACCCAAAUGUUACCCAGGCAACAAUGACCCAAGAUGCCCUAAACCAACAACCUCUGCCCCUCCCAACUGCUAUCCUGGUAGCACAGACCCUCGUUGCCCCAAAGCAACGACUCCUGCUCCUCCUAACUGCUAUCCUGGAAAUAGUGAUCCUCGCUGUCCGAGACCAACUACACCUUCUCAACCUAAUUGCUACCCUGGAAGCACAGAUCCCCGUUGUCCAAAACCGACCACUCCAGCUCCAUCUAACUGCUACCCUGGUAGCACAGAUCCGCGCUGCCCCAAACCAACGACGCCUGCUCCUCCAAACUGCUAUCCUGGAAAUAAUGAUCCUCGCUGUCCAAGGCCACCUACACCUUCUCAACCUAAAUGCUACCCUGGAAGCACAGAUCCCCGUUGUCCAAGACCGACCACUCCAGCUCCACCUAACUGCUACCCUGGUAGCACAGAUCCACGAUGCCCCAAACCGACUACCCCUGCUCCACCUAACUGUUACCCAGAAAGUACCGACCCCCGUUGUCCUAAACCAACAACAUCGUCACAACCUAAAUGCUAUCCUGGUAGCUCAGAUCCAAGAUGCCCAAAACCAACCACUCCUGCUCCUCCAAACUGCUUUCCUGGUAGCUCAGACCCUCGUUGUCCUAAGCCAACAACUCCAACACAACCCAAAUGCUACCCGGGUAGUGCUGAUCCGCGUUGUCCAAAGCCAACUAGCCCUAAACCAGUGUGUUAUCCGGGAUCACCUGACCCGAAUUGUCCUCAACCACCCCGACCUACAACUCUUACUCCACCCACAUAUCUACCACCUACUAAUGCCGCACCAAAAUGUUACCCAGGCAGCAAUGACCCAAGGUGCCCGAAACCAACUACCCCUGCUCCCCCCAACUGCUAUCCAGGAAAUAAUGAUCCACGAUGCCCAAGACCGACCACUCCUGCUCCUCCAAACUGCUAUCCUGGUAGCACAGACCCUCGUUGUCCUAAACCAACGACGCCUGCUCCUCCUAACUGCUAUCCUGGAAAUAAUGAUCCUCGCUGUCCGAGACCAACUACACCUUCUCAAGCUAAAUGCUACCCUGGUAGCACAGAUCCCCGUUGUCCAAGACCAACUUCCCCCGCUCCACCUAACUGCUAUCCAGGAUCUACGGAUCCGCGGUGCCCAAAGGCAACCACUCCAGCUCCCCCCAACUGCUAUCCAGGAAAUAAUGAUCCUCGUUGUCCAAGACCAACUACACCAGCUCCACCUAAAUGCUAUCCUGGCAGCACAGACCCGCGCUGUCCUAAACCAACAACGCCUGCUCUUCCUAACUGCUAUCCUGGAAAUAAUGAUCCUCGCUGUCCGAGACCAACUACACCUUCUCAACCGAAAUGCUACCCGGGAAGCACAGAUCCCCGUUGUCCUAAACCAACGACUCCCACUCCACCUAACUGCUAUCCAGGUUCUACGGAUCCACGGUGUCCAAAACCGACUAGUCCAGCUCCACCGAACUGCUACCCUGGUAGCACAGACCCGCGCUGCCCCAAACCAACCACCCCUGCAGCUCCUAACUGCUAUCCGGGAAGUUAUGAUCCUCGCUGUCCAAGACCAACUACACCUUCUCAACCUAAAUGCUAUUUGGGAAGCACAGAUCCCCGUUGUCCAAGGCCAACAACUUCCGCUCCACCGAACUGUUAUCCAGGUUCUACGGAUCCACGGUGUCCAAAACCGACUACUCCAGCUCAACCUAAAUGCUACCCUGGUAGUACAGACUCAAGAUGCCCUAAGCCAACGACACCUGCUCCUCCCAAUUGCUAUCCGGGAAAUAAUGACCCGCGUUGCCCACGACCAACUAGUCCGAAACCAGUGUGUUAUCCGGGAUCACCUGACCCGAAUUGUCCUCAACCACCUCGACCUACAACUCUAACUCCACCCACAUAUCUACCACCUACUACUGCCACACCAAAAUGUUACCCAGGCAAUAAUGACCCAAGGUGCCCGAAACCAACCACCCCUGCUCCGCCAAACUGCUAUCCUGGCAGCACUGACCCUCGUUGUCCUAAGCCAACAACGCCUGCUCCUCCUAACUGCUAUCCUGGAAAUAAUGAUCCUCGCUGUCCAAGACCAACUACACCUUCUCAGCCUAAAUGCUACCCUGGAAGCACAGAUACCCGUUGUCCAAGACCAACGACUCCCGCUCCACCGAACUGCUACCCCGGCAGCACAGAUCCACGGUGCCCUAAACCAACUACUCCUGCACCUCCAAACUGCUAUCCUGGAAAUAAUGAUCCUCGUUGUCCAAGACCAACUACACCAGCUCAACCUAAAUGCUACCCUGGUAGCACAGACCCACGAUGCCCGAAACCAACUACCCCUGCACCUCCUAACUGCUAUCCAGGAAAUAAUGAUCCUCGAUGCCCAAGAACGACCACUCCUGCCCCUCCCAACUGUUACCCAGGCAGUACCGACCCUCGUUGUCCUAAACCAACUACAGCUUCGCAACCUAAAUGUUAUCCUGGCAGUACAGAUCCACGAUGCCCUAAGCCGACCACACCUGCUUCUCCCAACUGCUAUCCUGGAAGUAACGAUCCGCGUUGCCCGCGGCCAACUAGUCCAAAACCAGUUUGCUAUCCAGGUUCACCCGAUCCGAAUUGUCCUCAACCAUCUCGACCAACAACUCUUACUCCACCUACAUAUUUACCACCUACUACUGGCUCACCAAAAUGCUUCCCAGGAUCAAAUGAUCCACACUGUCCUAAACCCACUACUGAAGCUCCACCAAGAUGUUACCCAGGAUCAACUGACCCACGGUGUCCCAAACCCACAACUGAAAGAGCUCCUAGAUGCUAUCCCGGAUCAACUGAUCCACGCUGUCCCAAACCUACAACUGAAGCUCCACCAAGAUGUUACCCAGGAUCAAAUGACCCACGGUGUCCCAAACCCACAACUGAAGGAGCUCCUAAAUGCUAUCCCGGAUCUACUGAUCCACGCUGUCCCAAACCCACAACUGAAGUUCCACCAAGAUGUUACCCAGGAUCAAAUGAUCCACGGUGUCCUAAACCCACAACUAAAGCUCCUCCAAGAUGUUACCCAGGAUCAACUGACUCACGGUGUCCCAAACCCACAACUGAAGCACCUCCUAGAUGUUAUCCCGGAUCAACUGACCCACGCUGUCCCAAACCCACAACUGAAGCUCCACUAAGAUGUUACCCAGGAUCAACUGACCCACGCUGUCCCAAACCCACAACUGAAGCUCCACUAAGAUGUUACCCAGGAUCAAAUGACCCACGGUGCCCCAAACCCACAACUGAAGCACCACCAAGAUGUUACCCAGGAUCAACUGACUCACGGUGUCCCAAACCCACAACUGAAGCACCUCCUAGAUGCUACCCAGGAUCAAAUGACCCACGGUGCCCCAAACCCACAACUGAAGCACAGCCAAGAUGUUAUCCUGGGUCAAAUGACCCCAGAUGUCCUCAACCCACUACCGAAUCGCCUCCAAGGUGUUAUCCAGGAUCUACGGACCCACGGUGUCCCAAGCCCACAACAGAAACUCCGCCAAGAUGUUACCCGGAAUCCAGUGAUCCAAGAUGCCCCAAGCCAACUACAGAAGUAGCCCCUAAUUGCUUACCAGGGAAUUCAGAUCCCCGUUGCCCUAGGCCUCCUAACUGCUAUCCGGGAAGCCCUGAUACUCGCUGUCCCAAUCCAUCAACUACCAAAAAGCCAGCUUGCUACCCAGGUUCACCAGAUCCCAGGUGUCCUCAACCACCAAGACCUACUACUUUAAAUCCUCCGACUUACUUACCGCCAUCAACUGAUACUCCCAAAUGUUACCCAGGCUCGACAGAUCGUAGAUGUCCUAAACCCACUACCGAAGCACCUCCAAGAUGUUAUCCAGGAUCAAACGACCCAAGGUGUCCUAAACCAACUACCGAAUCGCCUCCAAGAUGCUUUCCUGGAUCUAAUGACCCAAGAUGUCCUAAACCCACUACCGAAUCGCCUCCAAAAUGCUAUCCUGGAUCUAAUGACCCAAGAUGUCCUAAACUCACUACCGAAGCGCCUCCAAGGUGUUAUCCAGGAUCAAAUGACCCUAGGUGCCCUAAACCCACUACCGAAGCGCCUCCAAGAUGUUACCCAGGAUCAAACGACCCUAGAUGUCCUAAACCCACUACCGAAGCGCCUCCAAGGUGUUAUCCAGGAUCAAAUGACCCAAGGUGCCCUAAACCCACUACCGAAGCGCCUCCAAGGUGUUACCCAGGAUCAAACGAUCCUAGGUGUCCUAAACCCUCUACCGAAGCACCUCCAAGAUGUUACCCAGGAUCAAACGACCCUAGAUGUCCUAAACCCACUACCGAAGCGCCUCCAAGGUGUUAUCCAGGAUCAAAUGACCCUAGGUGCCCUAAACCCACUACCGAAGCGCCUCCAAGAUGUUACCCUGGAUCUAAUGACCCUAGGUGUCCGAGGCCGACAUCACCACGACCUACUCCUACACCCAGCUCUUGUUACCCAGGAUCUAAGGACCCGAGAUGCCCUCAACCUUUUGCCCCGAGCAGUACAAACCCUCCCUCUACGUACUUACCGCCUUUCCUUGCCGGUAAUGAGAUUCAGUCCCCAAGAAAUGCAAGAUUGGCCUCAAAUAGUAUAGACUACGAUGACAAACAAACUGAUAUAGACAAUUUCGACUUCGCAAGAACGAAACCCAGGUCAAGAACCGCUAGGGAUGUCAGUCACGUCAGCGGGUCCUUAGAUCACGUCAGCAGCGGAACUGCCGUCGUGUACACAACAGUCGGUUCUGCAGUAUUCAUGGUCCUAUGCGUCACAAUUGCCAUUUAUUUUUACAAAAAGCGCAGGGUUACAUUUGAACUUGCAAACAAAGCUCAAAUCUCUUGUUAGGAAUUUGUACAAACAACACACUGGCCGUUAAGAAAAUCAAUCCACCCAUGUCAUGCGAAAGGAAUUAAGGUAUUUUCUUAUAAGGAAAUGAGUAAUUUAAAAGUUUUUAUUCGAAGAUAACUGAACAUGCAAAACGCUUUGAUUUAUUCAUACACCUAGAUAGAGCAAUCCAAGUAAAUCACGCCCAUAAACGGCUCAUGUUUCGCGUAAUGUGUGCGUGACUCUAAUGUCAGAUAGUAUUAAAACAGUCAAUGUGUUCGUGUGUAGGGAAGAGCAUAAUAUCUACCAUAUGCAGUAGAUAUUUUUCGCCGCAUCCAUGCAGUUAACACGCUAUCUAGGGUAUUAUAAUCAAAAGCAAAACGUUUAUUUAAAAAAAAAACACACACACACAAAUGUGAGAUUUUUGGGGAAAAAUGAAGGGUAGGUUUUUUAAUGACCAGUAUAAGUAAGAUUUAUAAUAAUGGUUAUUUUAUGUGAUACUAAGUAUAUUUAUAAUAUAACACUUGACUCAAGAUGUUUACUUGCCAAACUUUGCAAAUGUAACGAGUUAUUACUGAUCACUGCCUUUUUUAAGCUUUAUAAUUAACGUCAGGCGCUUUAUAUUCGCAUGGCUAUUUUAUAAUUAUGUAUAAAAUAGUGCCAUAAUUUCUUAUCGCAUCCUCAGCAAAUAUAAAUAUUGUAUGUACCAACCCUAGUCAAAAUGAUAAAUAUCUUUUUACGUUUAAUACUAACAUGUAUUUGAAAAUCUGUUUUAACGUUUAUGUGAAAUAAUCUACUGAAAUUUAUCAUGGUACUCUUUUGUGAUAUUAAGUUUUCCUUUUGUAAAUAUUUACAAGUAAUGCUGAUGUGGCCAUUCAAUAAGUAGUUUUAUAUAAAUAUAUUUGAAACUGUGUACAGUCUGUGUGAAAAUAUUUUUUGUUGUGAGGAAAAAUGAAGUGCGUUGUAUAUUUUUGUAAUAAGUUUACCAAUCCACACACACGUUGUACAUAGUUUUAGGGAAAUUUUUAUUUUUUUUUCUACCAAUGUAUGUAAGUGAGAUUGCUUGUGGAGUCAAUCCGAGUAAAACAUUCUAUGAAUGUCGAAUAUUGUUUUAUUUACCUGUACAAUCAUCAUCAUCUUAUAAUUGUCCCCACUCCUAGGGGCACAGACCUUCCCUUGGACGGAAUAGGGAUUUUGGAUGCUAAAGAAUGUAUAUGCAGCCAGUACCAACGGUUUAACUUGCCUUUGAAAUUGUUGGUCACCCAUCCAACGACUGACUUCUGCGAAAUAUCUUUACUUUAACAAUCGCAGCCGAACUUGCUAACCACUUGCGCCAGCUAAUACCUUUCAUACAAACCUUGCCCCAAUAAUCACAAACAGCAAAAUAGCAAAGAUGGCAAAGAUGUUUUCUACUAGUGCUCCACCAUACCAUAUACUAUAGGGCAUUCGAUUUUAAGGGUUCUAAGUCAACAAGGAACCCUUAUCAUUGUCACUGUCACUGUCCGCAGCUUUACACAAAGACUAUUAAUAAUGAAUACAAGACAGCUUUAAUUAGCUAUAAUUUUACAUAGAUACAAAAACUCAAGUUCACCAGCCGAUGGUCUGGACGGGCGAUGGGCAAGUUGGGAGUUAUUGACAAAAAUCAGUUGGGAUUUGAAUCACCUAGAAUCAGACCCGUCUUUCCCAGUGGGCACUUUGGGCAAGUGUCCAGGGCCCCGCGAUCGAUAAAAUACAAAGUCCCUAGUUCCUGUUAAAUCACCAAACGGAAGUCAUAGGGGCCCCAUUAUCCUAAUAUGCCCAGG